AAUCUUUUUAUGAAAAUCCACUCUAAAAUUUUUUAUUAGUAAACAAAUAAGGAGACUAAAAUUUCAUCAUCUACGAACUCUUCGUUAACUUAUGAAGUUAAUAGAUUGAAAGGAAAUAAUAAGAAAAGGAUUUAUAACCAUUGCUCAGAAUAAUAAUAUAUUGAAAUAUCAUGAAUCUUGUUUUCUUAAAAAAAAAAGGGCUUUUAAAUUGGGCUAAUCUCACUAAUUAAAAACCUAUGAUGAAAUAGUUUUUAUUCGACGAUAAUAUUUUAAAAAGUAUAACAGAAAAGACCUGUAAAAGUUUAAGUUCUUUAAAUCAGUUUUAUUUCAGUUCUUCAGAUCAGUUUUGUUUAGAAAUUUGAUAAAAAAAAUUUUUCCGAAACAUAUAUUCUCAAUGAAUAACAUAGCUAUUUUCAAAGCUGAAUCAGAAACAGAGAAAAUUGAUCCGUAUAUAGAGAUUCUCCGAAAAAAAGGCCAUAAGGCUACUUUGAUUCCUACUUUGGCAUUUAGUUUUAUAAAUAGUGAAAUUCUUCAGGAACAUCUAUCACAGCCUGAUAUUUUUGAAGGUAUAAUAUUUACUAGUCCUAGAACUGUUGAAGCUGUCAAUAAAUCUAUAUCUGGUUCAUCAGACAACUUACUUCCGAAAUGGAGAAGCAAGAAGAAUUUUUGUGUAGGUGAAUCUACAGCAAAUUUAGCAAGAACACUGCUGAAAUUUACCUCUUUAGGAGAAGAAUCUGGAAAUGCUGAACAGCUUUGCAAUUUUAUUUUAUCCUCUUAUCCAGAUGGGUGCUGCAAAUCAUUUCUCUUUCCAUGCAGCAAUAAAAGAAGAGAAACUGUUCCCACAUUUUUACAAGAAAAUGGGUUCAAAAUUAUUGAAGUUGUAAGUUAUGAAACCAUUUGUAAUCCCUCUCUUAAAAGCCAUUGGGAAAAAUUAGUUAUUGAACAAGGUCUUCCCAAUAUUCUAGUUUUCUUUAGUCCUUCUGGUGUACAAUAUUGUCAUAAAUUAAUCAAGGAAAGUUAUUUUGGUACAUCCUUGCCUAAAAUAAUUGCAAUUGGCCCAAGCACUGAAAAAGCAUUGAUUGAAGCAUCUUUGACUCCUUAUAAGAUUGCAGUUAAGCCAACUCCUAAUGCUGUUUAUGAGAUCAUAGAAUCUCUAUCAUAAAAAUUUGUUUAUAGAAAAAUAUUUUGUUGAUUUAACAUAUUUUUAUAAAAUGUUUAUAUUUCAAAUAAAAAAAAGAGUAUGUUUUUAUUUGUAUUUAAUACUGCUACUUAUUAAUUAAUUAUCAGACAAUGUGUAUAAAAAAAGUGAAGUUGUGUCCUUUCCAUAAGUUAUGAUAAUUCAAAUGAAAUGUGUGGAAAGUUAUUUUCAAUAAUAGAAGAUGAUCUUUGAAAAAAUAAUUGAAGAUUUGAGAUUUAUUAACUGCUUCAAUAUCUUGAAAGUAUCUAUCCGUUGAAUUCCCUUCUGCUUUCCCUAAUCUACAAGCAAGCAGUGAUGGCAAGUUUAUUCCUUAGUGGGAAAGACAGCGAAAAAAAGUCCAAUGAAAUGCCAAUAAAAAAUUGUCAUGAAAAAGAACGAGGUCUUUCUUUCAAUCCAAGUGAAAGAAUUUUUUUU